GAUUACAUAUAGGAGAAGCUGAUACGACGUGAGUAUAAAUAAAUACACACAGUAAAGUUCGAAUAACAUUCAUUUCGUCAGUGGUGUUGAAAAAGCAAAACCCUAAAAGUCCUCCUCGCACGCCGGUAGCCGCCGCCACACCGCAGCCUUAUCAUGGGAAGAACAAACUUGGGCUCAAAGUCCAGAAGGCAUAAGCUUUCUAAGAAGCAGAAUGUCAUGCAAGGUGAAGAUAGAAUCAGCAACUUACCAAGCAACGUUAUCGGCCGAAUCCUCUCUUUUGUUCCCACAAAAAAUGCAGUUGCGACAAGCGUCUUAUCAACCAGGUGGAAGCUAUACUGGACACUAGUCACCAGUCUGGAAUUUGAUUGCCCGGAGGAUGUUCAAGAGAUUGAUUCUGAGCUGCCAAUCUUUCCUAAUUUGACUUCCUUGGUACUUGGUGCGGGCUAUGUUGGAUGGGAAUGGUUGUCACAAUUCUUGGAGAAAUCACCUUGCCUAGAAAGUCUUGUUUUCAAAGAGGGGUAUCAAAUUCAACACGAUGGAGAUGAAUAUGAUGAAGAAGGCGACAACGAGGGAGAAGAUGACAGCGAGGGAGAAGAUGACAGCAAGGGAAGCGAGGGAGAAGACGCCAACGAGGGAGAGGACAAGCCCUUGCUUUGCCAUCCACCUCAGAAUGUUCCUCCUUGUUUACGCUUGAACCUCAAGGUAAUUAAGUUUGAAAAAUUUCAAGGGGAUGGUGGGCUACUGAAAAUGGUGGAGUAUUUUCUGAAGAACGCUGAAGUUUUGGAGAAGUUGAUAAUACAAACUGAUGGUACUGUUGACGAAUGUUUUGAUAUGGGAGGAGCGGGGUUGGCAGUUGCAGAACAGCAGUUGGUGAUCACGACGAAACUUUUAAUGUUGCCAAGAGGCUCGAAGACUUGUCAGAUUGAGUUUGUUAUUCUGCGUUAUGACUUUGAUACCAGAUCGUUCUAUUGAGUAGGCCCGUUGUGUUUGGUU